AUGUCCUUCUGGAGCCAGCAGCUCAGCUCCCGCUGCCAGCCACCCUGUGAGGUGACCUGCCCACAGCCCUACGCUGAUGCCUGCAGCCAGCCCUGUGUCACCUCCUGCGGGGACUCCCGUGCCAUUGUCUACCCUCCACCUGUGGUCAUCACCUUCCCAGGCCCCAUCCUCAGCUCCUGCCCUCAGGAGAGCAUCGUGGGCAGCUCAGCCCCACUGGGGCUGGACCAGCCCAGGGGCCUGCAGGGCUCCACCAUCUACGGAGGCUCCUUCUCCUCCUUCCAGCAAGGCAGGAGCCAGCGCUACAGGGACUGCAGGCCCUGCUAA